AGAAAGGAGGAGGAGGAGGAGGAGGUGGGGAAAGACCUGGAUGAAUUAACAGACUCAGCAGCAGCUGCUGCUGCAAUUCAAGGAGAGACACUGCCAUUCCCUCCACUUGUCUCACACCCACUCCUCAGAAGAGAGGGACGGACAGACGCACAGACGGACAGGGAGAAGGGCAAGGGGGAGCUGCCAGGGGUGCUGCCUAAGGAGCCAGAAGCCACCGAGGAGAGGAGACGGAUGCCUGCUGGGCUGAAGAACAUGGGGACGCGCAGGAAGAGGGGAGAUACUUGUCUGCAUCGCAGCUGCUUUGCGGAUCUCCUUGGGCCGGAGUCACCCAGCUGGAGCCCUGUUGCUGCCUGUUGGGAGGGAGAUUGGGAGUGAAAGAUAAACCAGCUGCUGAUACCCCAGGACUCCAGCCCCCUCCCUUUCCUCCUGGAACCCCUCCCCCCCAUCCUAGCCCCACUGGCCUCUCCCAGACUGCAGAAAUCACAGCCUCAGAAAGGGCUCAUUUUCAGUCUUAGUGUCUCCUGAUUGUCUCAGGCACAAGCCACCCAAGGAGUCUAUAUCAUUGGGCUGAUGUUGAGGGCUCCAGGAUUUUGACCAUCCAUGCGAAGAACCUAUUAUCUGGAUUUCAAAUGCCGUUCCUCUGCUCGGGCACUAGAGACCUAAAUGACUCCAGGAAAAGGCCCUGUGGCUCCUGCUGAAUCGGAGCUGGAUUUGCUUUGCAACUAAAAUAUACCUUUGGUUUCAGUGGGGUUAAAUUCCUUGGCUUGGCCCCAUCUCAGCUUCAGCGAGACGGGAAUUCAUUCCCAGCAGACAAAUGCGUGAAAAGGAGUGAGAAUGUUUUUUUCAUGGGCUCAAACCAUUGUCCCAGGGGUGUUGAUGCACUGGAAGAAAAAAUCCCUGAUUUUAGUUGCUUUCCUCCCAUUUUUGAUCACUUGAAGGAUCACCAGAAGGUGCAGACUGAUGGAUACAGCUACGUUUCUCUUUGCUUUCCACUUCACACCCUUUAAAGGGUGACGAAUGGGCUACUAAAGGGUUGUCCGAGGAGUCGGGACCCUGUCGUUCCUGGCCCACCCUUCACGGUGCAUGGUGUGCUAGUGACAGUGGCCCUGGCAUGUGAUAGACAAUGGCGCUAAGGUCCGGCCUUCCCCUGCACGCAGCAUGUAGCCACCUUCGUGCAUGAGUGACUCCCACUUACUCCUUGUUCUGCCUCCAUGCGACAUGUUGCUCGUGACCAACUAAAAUGGGCACAGGCUGCACUUGGCUGUGGGGAGAGGGGCCCAUGUCCCGCCACUCCUCUGCCAUGCUCCUGACCCCUUUCCUGAUUGCCAUGGCAAUGGCUUUCUCUGAGGCCAGCGCCAGCUGCCCCGUCCUCUGCACCUGCCGCAGCCAUGUUGUGGAUUGCAGCGGGCAGCGGCUCUUCUCAGUGCCCCCCGACCUGCCCCUAGACACCAGGAACCUGAGCCUGGCACAUAACCGCAUCACCACCAUCCCGACGGGCUACCUCACCUGCUAUGGUGAGCUGAGGGUGUUGGACCUAAGGAAUAACUCCCUGGUGGAGCUGCCCGCUGGGCUCUUCCUGACUGCCAAGCGGCUGGCCCACCUGGACCUGAGCUACAACAACUUCAGCCACGUGGCCGCUAAUAUGUUCCAAGAAGCCAACAGUCUGGUGAGGAUCGACCUGAGCCACAACCCGUGUCUGCGAAAGGUGCACCCCCAGGCUUUCCGGGGGCUAGCCCAGCUACGUGACCUGGACCUCAGCCAUGGGGGGCUGUCCUUCCUCAGCCUGGAAGCCCUGGAGGGUCUCCCGGGGCUGGUGACCCUACAGAUCGGGGGCAACCCCUGGGUUUGUGGCUGCACCAUGGAGCCGCUCCUGAAGUGGCUGAGGAAUCGUAUCCAGCACUGCACCUCAGAUUCCCAGCUGGCCGAGUGCCGUGCCCCACCCGAGGUGGAGGGAGCCCCCUUGUUCUCACUGACAGAGGAGAGUUUUAAGGCCUGCCACUUGACCUUGACGUUGGACGAUUAUCUCUUCAUUGCCUUCGUGGGCUUCGUGGUCUCUAUUGCCUCCGUGGCCACCAAUUUCCUGCUGGGCAUCACUGCCAACUGCUGUCACCGCUGGAGCAAGGCCAGCGAGGAUGAGGAGAUAUAGGCGCACGCUCCUGGCCACAGUGCCCUUCCCCCAACGGCUGGGGAGAUGCCGUUGAGAGCUGGGGCUGGCUGGCUGUGCUCCACCACGAUUCAUGCCUGGUGCUGUCACAAGCUGCUCCAUCCUCUAUCCGCAGCUGCAGCCGGCUGGGGAUACUAACUCAUCUCUGAUCCCAGUCCCUUCUGAUCCCCCAGUUGCUGUGCCCAGCGGGGCAAGGCCUGUGAGGCAAGGAGAUCUAGCCGUGCCUUGUAUUAGCCUCUUCACACUGCCGGCGGCAUUGGAGACAGCCAACGAGCCAAGGCCCAACGCCACUCGCAACACGGAUGGGCUGCCAGAACCCAUGUCAGUCGCCAGUUCUCCUCUUCACCAUGUUCUGCACACUCAUACGCAAAAUCCACCUCCGCACAUGCACCCCCUUCUGUGCCAGCUCUUGCACCACAUCUCACUAGCAGCCUAAAACGAGGAGGUGGGCGGGGGAAGGGAAUAUAUAUGGCAAACGUCAAGUGGAUUUGCAACAGCCGUAGCUCUCCAGGGUUGGACAGCUACAGCCCAUCAGGUCUGUUUGCGGCUGUAGGGACUGUGGCCAGGGACACUGUGGUAUCCAGAGUUGUAGCACUAAUACGAGGCCUGUGACGUGGCAUCUCUGAGGGCCAGAAAGGCAGGUUUAACUCUGAGGAAUGGCCCCAUCACUGAGACGUACCAUUGUUUGGUUGGAGGAGAUGUCAGAGCAAAGGUCUGCUGUUUUCUAAUUGGUCCUUGGCUAGAUGGCCAUUGGUGUUGAGGGAGAUCUGCCUGUGCAUGGUUCUCUAGAUGCAGAGUUGAGUUGAGAAGUCAAUAGGUCAAGGGGACUCUAGAGUUUGAACUUGGUCAGUCACUCAAGACUAAGGGUCAGGGCAGGGGUGAGGUGUACUGGCAAACCUGAGGGGGAAGUAUGAGAUGGAGUAACAGGGCGGGUUAGGACUGAAGGAUGUCAGCAGAACUGGUGGGGGACCCCAAGGCUGGGACAGCAGGGGGCCGUGGGUUGGGAUUGAGGCACGUUAACAGAGCUGUGGAUGAAAGGUAUCAGCAAAGCUGAGGGUUGGGGGGAGACCAGCACUGGGACAGCAGAGGGCUGCAGGUCAGGCCUGAUGGGCAUCACCAGAGCAGUGUGUGAACGGGAAGCCCAGGAGUGGAAUAGCAGGGGGACUAUAGGUCAGGAUAGA